GAUAUUGCAAUCAAAAUGAGAAGUGCAUGUGGAGAUUUCUUUGUUGAUUCUCAUUAAAGGGACCUUUUCACAGAUUUUGGCAUGCAUUAAAUGAUUGAAGUUUAUCAUUAAAUGCUUUUUAUUGAUAAAAAUUGGAUCUAAAAUAGUAAAAAGCUCCAUUAAAAAAUAAGAAUAAGAUUAAAGAAAGAAAAACAAAGGAACCCUCAACUGGGCUUGAACCACUGACCCCUGGAGUAAAAGUCUGACGCUUAGACCACUCGACCAUCUGUGCUCAUACAAGGGCUCCACCGAUACCAGCAGGUGCCCCAAGGACCUGGACCGAACUGCCUACCUGCGUUCCUAUGGAAACAAAUGCUACUACUUUGAACGCUCAGAGACUACCUGGCCGAACGCGCAAGCCCGAUGCAAGCGCCUUGGUGGGGAUCUAAUCACGAUCACACAAAGGGAGAUCCAGGUGUUUGUGGAGGGGGUUCUCCGUGAACUAUGGACGAACAAUGGCAUGUGGAUUGGAGCCCAUGACCGGCAUGACGAGAUGGACUGGUACUGGGUAAAUGGAGUGAGAGCACGCAAUGGAGGCAGCUAUGAGAACUGGGACAGAGGUCAGCCGAGCUGCUUUCUACCCAACUUCUUGUGUCAUGAAGACUGUGCGGUGCUGCGUCUAGACGAGGGCUAUAAGUGGCAUGACUACCUCUGCAGCUCUGACCUGUAUCAGUAUGGAUUAGCCUGCGAGUAUAAUAUGAUACCAGUACCACCAACAACACCUGCACCUACAACAAAGGCAACAUCAACAACAGCAGCAGCAACAACAACAACAACAAGAACAACAACAGCAGCAACAACAAGAACAACAACAGCAACAACAAAAACAGCAAUAUCCUCAGACGCCACCACUGUACCAAUUGUUGUUGUUAAAACCAAUGACGGGGAGCACUCUGCCCUACAUUCUGAUGACUUCACAGUGGACAAUAGCUCAUUGAUUUCAGACCAAGGACAGGGUGGGGAGAUUGGCAGACAUGUGAUGUCCAGUGAGAGCGGUGGCAUGUCUACAGGCAGCCUGGUUGGGAUUGUUGUGUCGUUCAUCAUCGUGUUCCUUGCUGGUCUGACCGUGGGAAUACUCUUCUGCCGAAGACGCAGGGCAAAGUUUACAGAAGUCUACAGCGUCGGCUUCAACAACAUCCUCUACUCUCCUGCUCCUCAGUCAGACACAAGGGUCAAGGACACGAACCUCGCCGUGGCAUUGAGCCAACAAGAGGAGGACAGCAUGGUGGAUCACAGGUAUGCGGGCAUUGAUGACCUUGCUGCAGAAGGGUGCGCGGUCUACUGUGACAUGGGCGGAGCUAAAUCAGUUGACCUGCCCACCUGCAAGGAGAUUGACAAGGAGGCGGACUUAGGGCAGGAAGCUGAAGCCAAUCAUCUCUAUGAUCACAUAGAAGGGGAGGAGUCUGCUGGAGCACCACCUCCUGUCCCUUCUAGGCAUGGGAACUUGACGGCUUUUCCUCCAGAAUUCUUGCAGAAGGAUACGGACGUUUUGCAGGCCUAUUCUCACAACCUGUAUGGAUACAGCAAGUGAGGUUGUGCCAGUGUUCACUGCAGAUCUCAAAUAGGGCCUGAUUCAGGGGUCUGUAGUCAUUGCCCCUUUACCCAUUUAUGCCUAUUGGACUCUCCCAUCCUUCUAAAUUGGAUCAAUUUAUUUCCAAAGAUAGGGAUGUCUAGUAUACUUAUUUCUAUAUUUAGAAUAUUUCUUACAGAAAUUCCUUUAAGCAAACAGCGCAGACCCUGAUGAGACGCCGCAUUAUGCGGCGUCUCAUCUGGGUCUACGCUGUUUGCCAAGGCCUUUUUUCAAGACGCUAGGCAUAAAUGGGUUAAACAUACUUAACCUUACCUCUGACUACACUCAUGAGAUCUUUACCGUUACCUAAUUUGAUAGAUUAUGCUUUAAGGCUGGUUGUAAGUACUAAAGAAUAUUCAAGAAAUCUGCAUAUAUAUGAUACAAUUAUAAUGCCGUGAAGAGGGUAUCAUUUAUGCAAUCAAAAGUGGACAAAAAAACCUCUGCAUGUUCAGACAUCUCUUAUUAUGUUAACAGUACAUUAACAACAAAUCACCAGAAAUCUUCCAUUGCAAUAUUUUUUGUGUAACUGAAAUUUGUGCCUAUUUCAUCCAUCUUUAUUUGGAGCUAGCUUUAUCAUAAUUCAGUUUGCACAUUUGGAGCAGUUUUUUUCAGGGUUGCAUCAAUUUUUAUGAAUCAACAUGUUUUUUUGUUGUUGAAAUAUACAAAGUAUAAGAAUUGUUUAUUAUGUAGGUUGUAUGUUCAUAAAAUGUUUUUUCUGUGUAACCAUUUAUCAACAGGGUUGUCAAUCUAGUUUGAAAGUUCUCGAAACAUUUACUUUACUCUCUUUAAAGUUUUUUCUUCACUGUCUUGAACCGAACUUGUUCAGUGGAUGUGUGCCUAUGUACCAACACACAGGGUGUAUGGGUAAUUCCCCAUGAUGGUGCUUUUCUGAAAAGAUGUUCAUUUAUGAUGGGAUAAUUAUGUGUUUCAACUGUUGGCCUAUUCCUGCUUGAAUUAUAUGGAUUAAAAAUGUGUUUUUGUCCAAGUAACUACUUAAAUUAAAUUGUUUAGUUUGCAAUAUUUUUGUUUCUUUUUAGCUCAUCUAUUUUUUGAAAAAAAAUUAUGAGCUAUUGUCAUCACCUUGGCGUCGGCGUUGGCGUUGGCGUUGGCGUUGGCGUUGGCGUUGGCGUCGGCGUCCGGUUAAGUUUUGCGUUUAGGUCCACUUUUCUCAGAAAGUAUCAAUGCUAUUGCAUUCAAACUUGGUACACUUACUUACUAUCAUGAGGGGACUAGGCAGGCAAAGUUAGAUAACUCUGGCGUGCAUUUUGACAGAAUUAUGUGCCCUUUUUAUACUUAAAAAAUUGCAAAUUUUGGUUAAGUUUUGCGUUUAGUUCCACUUUUCUCAGUAAGUAUCAAUGCUAUUGCAUUCAAACUUGGUACACUUACUUACUAUCAUGAGGGGACUGGGCAGGCAAAGUUAGAUAACUCUGGCAUGCAUUUUGACAGAAUUAUGUGCCCUUUUUAUACUUAGAAAAUUGACAAUUUUGGUUAAGUUUUGUGUUUAGGUCCAUUUUAUUCCUUAAGCAUCAAAGCUAUUGCUUUCAUACUUGCAACACUUACUAACUAUCAUAAGGGGACUGUGCAGGCAAAGUAAUGUAACUCUGACUGGCAUUUUGACAGAAUUAUGUGCCCUUUUUAUACUUAGAAAAUUGAAAAUUUGAUUAAGUUUUGUGUUUAGGUCCACUUUAUUCCUACAGUAUCAAAGCUAUUGCUUUCAUACUUGCAAGAUUUAUGAACUAUCAUAAGGGGACGGUGCAGGCAAAGUUAUGUAACUCUGACUGGCAUUUGGACGGAAUUAUGGGCCCUUUAUACUUAGAAAAUUGAAAAUUUGGUUAAGAUUUAUGUUUUGGUCACUUUACCCCUAAAGUAUCAUAGAUAUUGCUUUCAUACUUGGAACACUCACAAACUAUCAUAAGGGUACAGUAAAAGGACAAGUUGCAUAACUCUGGUUGUCAUUGUUACGGAAUUAUGGCCCUUUUUUGACUUAGUAACUUUUAAUAUAUGGUUAAAUUUUGUGUUUCGAUCCACUCGAAGUAUCAAGGCUAUUGCUUUCAAACUUCAAAUACUUACAUGCUAUCAUGAGGUUACUGUACCUGGCAACUUGAAUUUUACUUUGACCUUUGAAUGACCUUGACUCUCAAGGUCAAAUUAUUAAAUUUUGCUAAAAUUGCCAUAACUUC